CUUCCAAGCCAUCGAUCAGCUUCAUCGCGCAUUUAGAGCUCAUCAUGAGUUCACCAACUGUUGAGAUGAUGGCGGGGUAUAUAAGGACAAGGGAAUACCUCUCCUCUAACUCUCCAUCAAACAUUCAAUCAUCUCUCUUCUACAAACAACAUCUCCACAAUGAAAGGAUCUCUUUUCACAGCUGCUGCCAUUGCAGCCAUUGCCUCCAACAUGGUUGCUGCAGUCCCCGGCACAGUUCAUCUUGAUGUGACGCGCAAAUUCAGCUCAUCUCCCAAGAUCAUCAAGCGCGACACCGAAAGCACCGCAGCAAUCACUCUUCACGCCGCCGACUCUUUGGCGUACUUUGCCGAGCUUCACGUCGGCACCCCUCCCCAGACUGUCUACGUUCAAGUUGACACGGGCUCGUCUGACUUGUGGGUGAACAGCGUUUCCAAUCCGUAUUGCGCUACCAACACCUCCGAUUGCACAGAUUUCGGUACUUUUGACGCCAACAAGUCGUCUACCCUGACCUAUGGAGACGAUUAUAUGAAUGCCACUUAUGUCGAUGGAAGUAAUGGCGGAGGCCCCUAUGUCCACGAUACCGUCGAGGUAGAUGGACUGUCACUCACCAAUGCGACUUUUGGAUUGGCCGAAAGUGGUUCGAGGAACUUUGGAAUUCUCGGAGUUGGCUAUGAAACGGUGGAGGCCGCACAUAAAAAGAUGUACAGCAACUUCCCGGCUCUUAUGGUCGAGCAGGGCCUUGUCGCAUCUCGUGUCUACUCGCUUUACAUCAACGACACGGAUUCUGAUACUGGGUCUAUUCUGUUUGGAGGAAUUGAUCGCGCGAAGUACGAGGGCGAUAUGGUCGAGGUUCCCUUCCAGCUCCAAGGAAACAUGACUGUGUAUACAUCCUUCUGGGUCACUCUCGAAAGCAUGAAGUUUUCGAGUGGCAACAAGACUGUGACGGUUGGAAACGUCAACUCAAAUGUUGUGCUUGACUCUGGCACCUCUCACGCCUAUUUGCCCAGCCAGAUUGUUGACUAUCUUAUCAACGAUCUCAAUCUGGCCUCUUACGACGAGGAAAACGAUGUUUACAUGGCUCCUUGCAGUGCUCGCGAUCGUACUGAUACGCUCGACUUUGGCUUUGAGGGUGUGACGAUCCGCGUGCCAAUGAGAGAUCUGUACUUACCCAGCGGGGACAGCACUGCAAAAUACGCCAAUGGCGAGGAGAUAUGCAUGUUCAGAGUGAUGAGCUCCGAACAGAGCGAUGGUAUCUCGCUUCUUGGUGAUGCUUUUCUCUCUUCAGCUUAUGUUGUUUACGAUCUUGACAACAACAUUGCUGGUAUGGCUCAGGCUAAAGUCAAUGUGGCUGAGUCUGAUAUCGUCGCCGUUGGAUCUGGAGAGCAUGCUAUCCUCAGAGCCAUCGGUGCUUCUGCUUCCAACUCGACCUCUUCUACCUCUGUCACUAGCACCAUCACCUCUGCUCCUUCUGCUACCCACACCACCCUUGUCCGAUCGGUUGUCCAAUACAACACCGCGCCCUACAGCUCGACCUCCAAUCAUACCGCCGCGAACACCACCUCUUGGACUAUGAGCACUCCGACUGCCUCGGUGAUGACAGGCGGCGCCGGGUCUUUGAGUUACAACUAUGCAUCUUUGGUAUCGGUGGCUGCUGCAGUUCUCUUUUCCGUUUUGAUUAUGUAAAGCAUUUUGGGGUUGCGAUCGGUGUACAUAUCUGAGAUUUCGCAUUGCAUUUAUGGAGUUAAUAGGCUGUUUUGAGAUUUGUAUAUAUUAAAUAUUAUUUCUACUGCAUCAUAAU